AUGCACUACAUUCGCCUGCUCCGGCCAGCCUUGGUGAAUGCCGCCAACCCCGACAGCCCAGUUGUUACGCUCAAACUGACCAUCACCACGGACCUGGGCGACGCCUUCCUGUCGCCACCCGACGAUGCUCCCGUCAAGCUCCAUUUCAGGUUUGAAGCGAUUCACGGGCGGCCAGGGCCGCUCACAGAGUCCCGACAAGGUCUGAAUGAUGGAACACAGCACGUGUCGCUUAAGCCUCUCAACGGGGAUGGCCGUGGCUUUGCCCUCUGGAAGGCAAACAUGCGCGUUCUCAAGGUCGACCUACGCGCUCCCCGUGCAAUAACCAAUGGCUCCGCUGCCAUCAGCGUUGACGUGUUGGACGGCCGGGAUGGCGCCCUGGUCUCGGCCAGACAGACCGCUUUCCUGCUUCCGUGGCGGGCGAAGGAGUAUGGGGAGAACCAAGGCCUCAUCGCCCCGCUCAAGGUCCAACUGACCGACGGCCAGGGCGCCGACGUGGCCAUCCGUGAAUUCCAGUGCCAACACACCUCCAAGGGCGGGCUGCGCACGCUGCAGGUCGAGGAGGAGAUCGGCGAGAGCAUCGCCCGGCAUAUAUGGGACGCCGGACUAGUCACCGCGGCGCUGGUGGCCGACGGAUGUUGCCAGCGGCCUGGAAAGAAGGGUCAGCGGGUUGGGUUUCUCCGUAUCGACGAACUUCUGCCAAUCGACAAGGAGACGACGGCACUCAAUGUGCUUGAGCUUGGGUGUGGCGUUGGGGUUCUUGGAAUUGCCAUUGCCACCUUCAUCUACGACGCGGCCAAGUCACAGCAAGCCGGACUAGCCUCAGGGGAAGCCACAGUGCUCCUGACGGAUUUACCCGAGGCAGAGGAGCGGGCGCGAGCCAAUAUUGCGAGAUUUCAGAGCACGGGAUUUAUCGGCGAGAAGGCAUCAAAUCUCCUGUACGAGAACCUCGACUGGGAAGACGGGGCUGAAGGCAGAUUUGGGCCUCUGAUCACCGAGCGCUUCUGGAAUUACAUUGUGCUGAGUGAUUGCACCUACAAUGUCGACUCAUUCCCCGUACUAGUAGGCACGCUGUCAGCACUGCACACCCACAACCUCACACGCGCUUCUGUGGCUGCAGGGGAGGUCGUCACAACCAAGGUGGUCCUGUCGACCAAGCCAAGGCACGACUCGGAGAAAGCCUUGUUCGACUUGCUCGAAGGCGCCGAUUGGACGUACCGUCUGAUCAAGUCACUGCCCCUGCCAAGCCUGAACGGGGUGGAUGAGGUUGUUGAGGUGUACUGCCUCGAGAAGAGCGAUCGAAGCGGUCAGAACUCAGGGGAAAGUUCAAAGAAGAGGAAGACUGAAGAACAAGAUCACCAGGUCUCGCGACCAGGAAAGAGGGCUAUGGGUAACACCAAUCAAUAG